AUGGAUCGGGGCCGGGGCGAAGACGAAUCCAUUAGCCGUGAGCGCGGAUUGAGCAAUAAACCAACUGGGAGGCAAGUCGGCUCCAGCCUCAUCCCCGCGUCAGCAGCAGAUAGAGAAGGGGGAUGGACGAUGCGUUUCUCCUCGUUGCGCCGACGCAAGCUUUCGGUUCGCCUGUUAUUCCUGUUGGGCCCGCAUUCCCAUACAAGAUGUCGCGCCGAUAAAAGUCCCCGAAGAGGCCUCGUGGGAUGCCGGCCCCAGGAAUGCGAUCUCUCCCUUCGCGUUAUGCGUGAAAUCGAACCGGUCGACCUGAUCGCACGACACGAGCAAACAUGCGAAAUUCCACGUGCGGAUAUAAAAAUUACGGUAGCUACGGUACAGCAUCAGAAAGUUAGUUUUUCGACGAAGAUUUCGUUUUUGUGCAUCUCUGUGUGUUUUGAUACUUUUUUUGCGAAUGUAAUUGAAGCAACGUAACAGUAGUAAUGCUGUAACUGAAGUAAUGUAAGCUAUAUUAAAUAUUUAGUAAUAAUUAUUUAGUAAUUAUAUAUUUAUAAUACUAGUACUAUACUAGUUCAAUUUGUCAUUUGUUAGGAUAAUUUAAUAUUAUUAUAUUUUCUACUCGUCAUAUCUAAUUCAUUAUUGAUAACUUUUAUUCUGUUCACGUUAAUAAUAUUUAAUAAUAAUAAUUAUAAUAAUUAUAUACCUGCAGUAAUAGUAUUAUAAUUAUAUUAUUGUACUAAAUUCAUACUGCAUAGAUAAAUUGUAGUAUUAAAAUUACAUUACAUACAUUAUAUUGUAUAUAAUUAUACAAUAUAUUAAUAUAUUAACAGGAUUUAACAAGUUUUGUCUUUAUUUAAUUGUAGUGUACUAUAUUUAUUAUAAAUAUAAUAAUUUAUAUUGUACAUCGCGUAUUGUAUAUAAUUUAUAUUUAUUAUAUUAUUUUUAUAUAUAAUAUAUCAAUAGAGCCUUAAUUAUACUGUACGUAUUCGUCAACUAUAA